CGGGAACGGGCGGCCGGGCCGGGCGGGCCCCGCGCCGCCGCCGUCGCCGCCGCGCCAUGGCGGAGACCAAGAUCAUCUACCACAUGGACGAGGAGGAGACGCCGUACCUGGUCAAGCUGCCCGUGGCCCCCGAGCGCGUCACGCUGGCCGACUUCAAGGGCGUGCUCAGCAACCGGCCCGUGCACGCCUACAAAUUCUUCUUCAAGUCCAUGGACCAGGACUUCGGGGUGGUGAAGGAGGAGAUCUUCGAUGACAACGCCAAGCUGCCCUGCUUCAAUGGCCGCGUGGUUUCCUGGCUGGUUCUGGCUGAGGGCGCUCACUCAGAUGCGGGGUCCCAGGGCACUGACAGCCACAUGGACCUGCCUCCAACUCUUGAGCGGACAGGUGGCAUUGGGGACUCACGGCCCCCCUCCUUCCACCCCAAUGUGGCCAGUAGCCACGACGGGAUGGACAAUGAGACUGGCACCGAGUCCAUGGUCAGCCACCGGCGGGAGCGAGCCCGACGCCGGAACCGUGAGGAAGCCUCAAGGCCCAAUGGGCACCCGAGAGGAGACCGGCGGCGGGAACGGGGGCUGGCCCCGGACAGCGCCUCCACUGUGCUGAGCAGCGAGCUGGAGUCCAGUAGCUUCAUCGACUCUGAGGACGACGAGAACACGAGCCGGCUGAGCAGCUCCACAGAGCAGAGCACCUCCUCCCGGCUCGUCCGCAAGCACAAGCGCCGGCGGCGGAAGCAGCGCCUUCGGCAGACAGACCGGGCCUCAUCCUUCAGCAGCAUCACCGACUCCACCAUGUCCCUGAACAUCAUCACUGUCACACUCAACAUGGAGAGGCACCACUUCCUGGGCAUUAGCAUCGUGGGCCAGAGCAAUGACCGGGGUGACGGUGGCAUCUACAUUGGUUCCAUCAUGAAGGGCGGGGCGGUGGCUGCUGAUGGCCGCAUCGAGCCUGGCGACAUGCUCCUGCAGGUGAAUGAUGUCAACUUCGAGAACAUGAGCAAUGAUGACGCCGUGCGGGUGCUGAGGGAGAUCGUGUCCCAGACGGGGCCCAUCAGCCUCACGGUGGCCAAGUGCUGGGACCCAACCCCCCGGAGCUACUUCACCAUCCCCAGGGCUGACCCCGUGCGGCCCAUCGACCCGGCCGCCUGGCUGUCCCACACGGCGGCGCUGACGGGAGCCCUGCCGCGCUACGGUACGAGCCCCUGCUCGAGUGCUGCCACGCGCACCAGCUCCUCCUCACUAACCAGCUCCGUGCCCGGCGCUCCACAGCUGGAGGAGGCACCGCUGACAGUGAAGAGCGACAUGGGCGCGGUCGUUCGGGUCAUGCAGCUGCCAGACUCGGGCCUAGAGAUCCGCGACCGCAUGUGGCUCAAGAUCACCAUCGCCAACGCUGUCAUCGGGGCGGACGUGGUGGACUGGCUGUACACGCAUGUGGAGGGCUUCAAGGAGCGGCGCGAGGCCAGGAAGUACGCCAGCAGCAUGCUCAAGCACGGCUUCCUGCGGCACACGGUCAACAAGAUCACCUUCUCUGAGCAGUGCUACUACGUGUUCGGGGACCUGUGCAGCAAUCUUGCAGCCCUGAACAUCAACAGUGGCUCCAGUGGAGCCUCGGAUCAGGACACACUGGCCCCGCUGCCCCACCAGGCUGCCCCCUGGCCCCUGGGUCAGGGCUACCCCUACCAGUACCCGGGGCCCCCGCCCUGCUUCCCACCUGCCUACCAGGAUCCCGGUUUUAGCUACGGCAGCGGCAGCACUGGGAGUCAGCAGAGUGAAGAGAGCAAAAGCAGCGGGUCCACCCGGAGCAGCCGUCGGGCCCCGGGCCAUGAGAAGGAGCACCGGGUGGCCGGAGCUGGGGGCAGCGGCAGCGAAUCAGCACACACGGCGCCUAGUGGGACGGGCAGUGGCUGGCGGGAGCGUCCGGCCAGCCAGCUCAGCCGUGGCAGCAGCCAGGCCUCAACGGUUGCCCCAGGGCUCCCUCCGCUGCACCCCCUAACGAAGGCCUAUGCGGUGGUGGGUGGGCCGCCUGGGGGGCCACCUGUCCGGGAGCUGGCUGCUGUCCCCCCGGAGCUGACCGGUAGCCGCCAGUCCUUCCAGAAGGCUAUGGGGAACCCCUGCGAGUUCUUCGUGGACAUCAUGUAGCCCAUUGCAACACUUUCAGUUGUGUACUGGGUGGCCGCAGUCCUGGGGCAGCCAUAGCCCUGCUGCACCCAGCGGGGUGGGCUUGCCUUAGUGGUGGCCAGCCUGGGACAGGCCAGCCUGUGGGGUCUGGGCCUGGGUGGGCAGUGGGAGCAGUGGAGGUGAGAGACUGAGGACGGCCUGGACGUAGCCCAUCUGCUCCUGGGGUCUUUCCUGGUGGGGAGCAGGUUGUCAUACAGAUCCUCAGGGGAGAGUCCCUCUCUGUCCUCAGGCAGAUCUGACCCACCCCCUCAGCGUGAGCCUCAGGGACCCUCACCCCUCCUUGGUCUGGAGGCGACCCCCUCUAUGAGGAAGACCCACUUGGGCACCGUGCCACCCCCCACUCUCCUAAAGAGCUGUGCACGGGGCCCAGAUUGAACAAGACCAGCACCCCUCCCCACCCAGCUCACAGGCCUGCCCAUCUGGCCCUGGAGGGGGGCCCUCGAGGGGAUUAGAAUCUGUGGAUGCCCAGAGGAGGGGUCUAAUUUAUUUAUUUAUUACCUGGCCUGUGGGCUCUGGGGGAGGGGUGGUCAGGUCAGUGCCACCCCUGCCCAGCAGGAACUGAGUCUGCAUGUUGUCCCCUCCCAAGCGCGUGGACAACAGGUUGGUGGGAGAGACAAGAAAGAGGCCAGGCAGGAGGGGAAUGUGACCCUAAGGGUCAGGGGGCACGGAUGUGCACAGCUGCUGCAGGGAUGGGGUCGUGGGGACAUGGGAGGGCAGCUGGGCCUGUCCUCCCUGUCCCUGGGUGAGCGCCUGCCCACAUACGUGCUGCCUUCCUGGCAUCUCUGGCCCUGCACCUCUGUGCUGUAGAUAUUGUAUCAAAGUCCCAGCGUCCGGCUAGUUAACAUAGAGCUGCUUCCGUGUAAAUGCUGCUUCUGUGUAAAUGCUAUUUUAAACACUAAAAAUCAUUUAAUUUUGUGGGGCCGA